AUGGCGGAUGGGCAGAUAGUUACUUUCGGAACAUUUGGUCGGGUAGAUGCACCAGCAAAUCAAAAGUGGGAUGACGGAGCCUACACUAUGAUAAGGGAAUUCUUUAUACAAGCAGGAUCGGAUAUUUAUUCCCUCCAGGUUGUCUAUGAUACUGAAGGAAAGGCGGUGCUUGGACAAAAGCGUGGUCGUGGCGGGUAUCUGGACAAUGGCAAAGUCGUGGCGUUGGGGAAACCAUAUGCGGGUGAUUGUGUGGAUUCGAUUGGAGUAUAUGUUAAGCCAUUACCAACUGUAAUAACUGUUGGUCCAUUUGGAACUACUGGUGGACAACAGUGGGAUGAUGGAACCUACACCACGGUAAGGGAAUUGAUUAUACACUGUGGAGCAUUAAUUGAUUGCAUUCAAGUUGUCUACGACAAGGAGGGAAAUAGAGUAUUGGGAGAAAAGCAUGGUACUAUCGGCGGACAAGAAAAUAAGGUCACAUUAGAUGCCGAUGAAUUUUUGCUCUCAUUUUGGGGGUAUUAUGGACAAGUAGGUAACAUGGUUGUUAUCCGAUCGCUUGAAUUUCAAAGCAACAAAAAAACAAUUGGACCGUUUGGGGUGGCGGAUGGAGAGAAAUUUCAAUUCCCAUCUAGUACCAAUUGCGCAAAGAUCAUUGGAUUUCAUGGAAGGUCUGACAAGUAUCUUACUGCAAUUGGAGCAUAUCUCAACAAAUGA